ACGACGCUCGAUUCGGCCUCACGGGGAUCAGUUUCUACCCCCUCGCCCAGUCGCCACAGCCUACACAUUGCCGCGCACCAUUCUGCAGGCUUUUAUUCGGCGUCUUUUGGUGCAAAUUUCGCCUCAAUCGGCUGUUAAAACAGCUGCGGGUGCACUUGGUGCUGGCUGCAGGAUUGUGCAAUGUCUGACCUCAGGAAGCCCUUGCGGCCCAAGAAGGCCAGGUCCUGGGUGGACUGGGCUGUGAAGUUGCGGUGGAUUCUCGUUAUCUUCGUGGUGCUCCCCGUUUCCGUGAGCUUCGCCAUCUGUGCAAGGUCCCGAGAACUAUGGUCGGCGUGGAAGUCGGAGAAGAAGCGUCAGAAGGAGCACGACGAGAAUGUGGAGAAAGUCAUCAAGCGUCUCAAGUCAAGAGAUCCUGCCCAUGAUGGCCUCGUUUGCACAGCCAGGAGGCCCUGGGUCGUCGUAGGCAUGCGGAAUGUGGAUUACAAGCGUGCUCGCCACUUUGAAGUCGAUCUCAACGACUUCAACCAGAUUUUGGAGAUUGACAGAGAGAACAUGAUUGCCCGAGUUGAGCCUUUGGUGAACAUGGCGCAGAUCACACGAAUGACAAUCCCGAUGGGCCUUUCCCUUGCAGUUGUUGCCGAGUUGGACGAUUUGACAGUCGGAGGUCUCAUUAACGGCUACGGAAUUGAAGGAAGCUCUCACAUCUACGGUCUCUUCGCUGACACCUGCGUCGCCUAUGAGAUUGUUCUUGCUGAUGGGCGGCUUGUACGCGUAACAGCAGAUAACGAGUUCUCUGAUUUGUAUUACGCCAUUCCCUGGUCUCAGGGUACUCUGGGAUUGCUGGUGGCCGCUGAGAUCAAGUUGAUUGAAGUCGGCCCUUACAUGAGAUUGACAUACAGUCCUGCUAGAGGCAAUCUGCAGGAGCUCGCCCAGGCUUACAAUGACACAUACAUUCCCCGAGAUGGCGAUCAAGACAAUCCUGAGAAAGUGCCGGACUUCGUCGAAUCUAUGGUCUAUAGCGAGUCAGAAGCGGUGUGCAUGUCAGGUCGAUACGCGGGUAAAGAAGAGGCUAAACGAAAGGGUAACAAGAUCAAUAAUCAAGGCCGGUGGUUCAAGCCUUGGUUUUACCAGCAUGCACAGACGGCUCUGAAGAGAGGCGAAUUCGUUGAGUACAUCCCAACACGAGACUAUUACCAUCGCCACACCCGCAGCCUUUAUUGGGAGGGCAAGCUCAUCCUUCCCUUCGGUGACCAAUUCUGGUUCCGAUUACUGAUGGGAUGGAUGAUGCCGCCGAAGGUUUCCCUUUUGAAAGCAACUCAGGGUGAUGCUAUCCGCAACUACUACCAUGAACGUCAUGUCAUUCAGGAUAUGCUCGUACCUUCGUACAAGGUGGGGAUGGCUCUUGAAUUCAACGACCGUGAAUUCGAGGUGUACCCAAUUUGGCUAUGCCCUCACCGUCUUUUCAAGCACCGAAUGAGAACCCAGAUCAACCCUGAGCCCGGGUUCGAGUUUGCUGGACGCCCUGGCGACACACCGUUUGCUCAGAUGUACACUGAUGUCGGCGUUUACAACACACCCAGAUGCGUAUUUCAGGGUGAGGAGUUUGACGGUAUAGCUGCCGUAAAGAAGAUGGAAGCUUGGAUGAUUGAGAACCACUGCUACCAACCCCAGUACUCAGUCUCUGAGCUCAACGAGCGCGACUUCUGGCGCAUGUUCGACCCUACCUUGUACCAGCAGUGCCGAGAGAAAUACAAAGCAGUUGGCACCUUCAUGAGUGUGUACUACAAGUGCAAAAAGGGAAAGAAGACCGAGAAGGAAGUGGCCGAGGAAGAAGCCAAGGUCACGGAGACCACUUAUGCCGAUAUUGAGAAGUCUUGAGCAGUCCCAUUUUUUUAGUUCAGCAAAAGACAUCAUUGUACAACCAUCGACUUCCUUGCUGGUUGUUCAAUGGAGACUCUUGUUCCCUGACAAGUCCGCAACUUUUUGCCUACGUAAAACCCAUCGAACCGUGACAUCCGAGGGCACAAAGACUGGUCAGUUUGGUUCCGCUCCUGUCAGCGUUGGGUAGUAUUUUUAGGAGAAUUUUUGGGCACAACCUAACAGUCACUCCAGACACGUGUAGAAUCCGCAGCGCCACUGUUUUCGGGUUGGUUUGUGAAGUUUCACUCUGCUUUCUCUUUGUAGCUGAGUCUCGACAACUCUAACAACCUUCUUUACGAUAUUAAAUAAUUUCAAUCGUGGACCUCCAGUGUCAAUGUAAUUCUCUUCUCCGAUGGAGUUCUCAAAAUAAAAUUAAGAUGAUGUCAGCUCUUCAGCAA